AAAGUGAUAUUGGAUAUUUUAUAUACAGAUAAUAUACAAUGGUUUCUAAAAACGUUUUCUUGAUUGUUGCCGCAACAUACUGUACCAUAAUUGAUAAAUCACAAGGACAGGAAGACUGUGUGCCUAGUGUCAAGAGCGUCUCAAUCGCAUCAAAUGCUACGUUGUUCUGGGAGGUGGACCCCGAUAGGCCAUGUGAAAUAACGAAUUUUAAGAUAGACAUCGAAGGCGAUAGAGAGGACGAAUAUCAUUUUACCGUCACCGAAAGUUUUGUAGAUUUAUCCUUCCUGGAGAUUUGUGAGAAAUGGCAAUUCACAGUUACACCAAUUUCCAACGAGGUCAUUGGAUUUGCGCAUACCAUGACAAGUUACAUCCCGCUUCCACCAGACGCUGACCUCACUAUAAACCGCUUCAGGUUCAGCUUAUCCGGUAGAACCCUCAUUCUGGAGUGGGAUCUGCGCAACCAGACCCUUGGAGACUGCACCUUAGAGUACCUUUUGACCCUCCAAGACCUUGAUCGCGGUACCAUAGAAGACGCCUACGUAGAGGGUAGGACGGCACGCGUAGACACCGUCUCGCCUUGUAUUACUUACGAGAUGAACGUUCGAGCUAUCAAUCAAGCCCAUCCUGCCAGAGAGGGACCUAUAGCAAGAUUGAAUUUGGUAAUGGGAAACAGAGCUCAGUCAGCCCCAACCCUGAAAUCGGUAGAAGCUAAAGCUACAUCUCUCACUUUGACGUGGACUUUGGAGGGAGACGCCAACAGGUGUCCUCUGCGAAGUUUCUACAUCGACGGUGGCAACUACUUCAAUGUGUCUGUUCCCCUGCAGGGUGUGGAAGACCCGUCAACGGUUUCAAUGGAAAUCACGGGUCUCAGGUCUAACAGCAUGUACUUGAUGAGGGCUUCUGUGGAGAACAGUGGGGGAUGGUCUCAAACUACGCCUAUAGCUGUACAGACACUUGAUUGGUCUACCGAUUAGUAUAUUCAGUGAUAUUUGAUUAUAUUGUUAUUGAAUCAUCAUUUUAUUAAAUAUAUUCUAUAAGUAGUAU